AUGGCUGUCCUAUUCUCCGGCCUCUCCUCUCGGCGCUCGGAUUCGAGUAGUGACACAACACCGACUGAACGACGGCUUUCAGAUCUUUCCAACAAAUCUCUACAUACAUACCAUGAACCCAACCAGAAGGCUCCUCGCCGCUGGGUUACGAGCUUCAAAUCCAGUCUCAAUCCGACAAUCGUGGGCAAGAAGAAAGCCAGGAGAAACCGUGUUCUUGUUGUCGUCCUGAUUCUCCUUGCACUGGGUGGUAUUGCUGUACUGGUCUGGUUCUCACUUGUCCUCACAUUAAUUGAUCGACUCACACCUACUGUCCCAUCGAACGGACUACAGAGAAUUGUCAAGACAUGGAAAGGCCCGGCGGACUCAGUCGCCGCACUAUCUCCCUGGCCUGAAGACUUCAGUCUGGGCAUAACACCGGUCCAAUGCCACUCUCACAAUGACUAUUGGCGCUCAGUGCCUCUAUACGAGGCCAUUGCAGCAGGCUGCACAGGCGUCGAAGCAGACAUCUGGCUAGAGGGCAGCGAUCUGCUCGUUGGUCACGCGAAGCGCUCUCUGUCCUCUGAUCGUACAUUGAAGAGCCUCUAUAUCGACCCGUUGAUAACAAUCCUCUCUAACCUAAACACCAAUUCAUCCGCCAACAGCUCGGUAGGCGUAUUCGACUUCGACCCCACAACAAGCCUUACUCUCCUGAUCGACAUCAAAACCGACGGAGAUGCCACCAAAACUCUUGUUCGUGGUCCUGUCACCGUCGUUGGAACCGGAAACACCGUGUUUGAUUUGGUGGUCGCAGAGGAAGAUCGCUAUGUCUUCUUCGACGCCCCAUUAAACGACCUUGCUCAGAACUCCACCUACACAUUGGAAAACAGCUACUACGCCAGCGUCUCGCUGAAAAAGGCCGUCGGUGUUGUGUGGCCCUGGGGCCCAACAGACAACCAGAAACAGGCCAUGCAGAAGAUAAUCAGCGCUGCCUCGGAGAGAGGUUUACUCUCUCGGUUCUGGAAUAUCCCCUCCUGGCCUGUCAGCCUGCGCAUGAGGCUAUGGCGGUUUCUGGUUGAUAGCGGGGUCGGCAUGUUGAAUGUAGAUGAUGUCGUUGAGGCGACGAGGUGGAACUGGGACUGGUGUAUUGUGGCAGGGUUGGUGUUGUGUUGA